AUGAUGGGUGGCCAGCAGAACGGGCUCAACCAGCUGGUGUCGUUUCUGCUCGGCGCGUCGGCGGCGGCGGUGCUGAUCUUCCUCUUCUCGUCGGCCGGCGGCGGGCGGGGCGCGUGGUCGACGGACGUGUCGAGCUGGGCGAAUGGCACUGUGGCGGCGACUGCUCCGCCGGCGGCCAAGGAGGGUAACCUGACGAGCACAGCUGCUCAUGUCGAAGUGAAGGCCAGCAACCAGACGGCGGCGGCGGCGGCGGAGGAGGAGGAGGAGGAGAAGGAGCUGGAGAAGCUGCUGGCGGCGGUGGCCGACGAGCACCGGACGAUCAUCAUGACGUCGGUGAACGAGGCGUGGGCGGCGCCGGGGUCGCUGCUGGACCUGUUCCUGGAGAGCUUCCGCGCCGGCGAGGGGAUCGCUCGUUUCGUCGACCACCUCCUCAUCGUGGCCCUCGACGACGGCGCCUUCAGGCGGUGCCGCGCCGUGCACCCGCACUGCUACCGCCUCACCGUCGCCGGCCGCAACUUCACCGACGAGAAGGUGUUCAUGAGCGAGGACUACCUCGACCUGGUCUGGAGCAAGGUCAAGCUCCAGCAGAGGAUCCUCGAGCUCGGCUACAACUUCCUCUUCACGGACGUGGACAUCCUGUGGUUCCGGGACCCGUUCGAGCGGAUGUCGAUGGCGGCGCACAUGGUGACCUCGUCGGACUUCUUCAUCGGCGACGCCUACAACCCGGCGAACUUCCCGAACACGGGGUUCCUGUUCGUGCGGUCGAGCCGGCGGGCGGUGGGCGCGAUGGAGGCGUGGCGCGCGGCCCGGGCGUCGUUCCCGGGGAAGCACGAGCAGCAGGUGCUGAACGAGAUCAAGCGGGAGCUGGUGGCGCGGCGCGGCGUGCGGAUCCAGUUCCUCGACACGGCGCACGUCGCCGGCUUCUGCAGCAACACGCGGGACUUCGCGACGCUCUACACCAUGCACGCCAACUGCUGCGUCGGCCUCGCCGCCAAGCUGCACGACCUCCGCAACCUGCUCGACGAGUGGCGCGCCUACCGCCGGAUGCCCGCCGACGACGAGCGCCGCCGCCGCGGGCCCGUGCGCUGGAAGGUCCCCGGCAUCUGCAUCCACUGAACACGAGAUGUUUUAUUUAUUUAUUUGAUUGAUUGAUGGUUAUUAGUUAUUUAGUUUAAAUGUAAAUGGAUGGGUGCUAGCAAUGGUGGGGAAAACAACAAAGAGAAAAGGAGAGUAUAUUUCCAUUAUCGAUUAUUUGCAGGGUGAGGUGUAUAAUCGAGAUGUUCCAUUUGGUUUUUGCCAAUGAAAUUCGUGU